AUGUCUGAACAGGAAUUGAGGCCCGCGUACGACGAUGAGAGUAAUGGGGACGAGUUGAAAAGAGGCAGUAUAUACAAGCAGACGAGGGCUCGUAAAGCUGAUAUCGCGGGAUCUUUCGAGGGUAAGAAAGAUGAGUGGCCCGUUGAGAAGAAGCAACGUGUCGGGAAGCCCGCGGAGGUGGAUGCGGAGGGCAAUGUGGUUCCCAAGCCAGUAAGACUGCCCAAGCGGAAAGUGGCCGUCAUGGUUGGGUACUGUGGUACAGGGUACUGUGGUAUGCAGUACAAUCCACCAAACCCAACCAUUGAGGCGACGCUGUUCAAAGCUUUUUGUGACUCCGGUGCAAUCUCACAGGAUAAUGCCAAUGAUUUGAAGAAGAACGGGUUCAUGAGGGCCGCGCGGACGGAUAAAGGUGUCCAUGCUGGGGGUAAUCUGAUCUCGGUGAAACUGAUUAUCGAGGAUCCCACGAUCAAACAGAAGAUCAACGAGUGUUUACCUGAAGGUAUCAGAGUGUGGGAUAUCAACAGGGUGAACAAGGCCUUCGACUGUAGGAAGAUGUGCUCAUCCCGUUGGUACGAAUAUUUGCUCCCAACGUACUCACUGAUCGGUCCAAAACCGGGGUCCAUCCUUUACAACGACAUCGAACAGAGCAAGAAAGACUUGCCAGGUGUUCUUGACGAGGACACGGAAUCUCAACAGUUCUGGGCUGAAUUUGAAAAGCUGUCAGGGGAAACUUUCUCGGACGACGAAAUUAAACAGAUUAGAGCGUAUACACCUCCACCAAAGGAAGAAUUUUCUGACUCCGAAGAAUUAUACUUGAAAGUCAAGCAAUACAAACAACUAGAAAACAAGUUGCGCAGAAAGUAUCGUAUCUCCAAGGAGAAAUUGACCAAGUUCCGCAGUGCGAUGAAACAAUACAUCAACGCGCACAAUUUCCACAACUUCACCCUGGGUAAAGAUUUCAAAGAUCCAAGUGCGAUCAGGUUUAUGAAGGAAAUCAAGGUCUCUGAACCAUUCGUCAUCGGGGACGCUCAAACGGAGUGGGUUUCCAUUAAGAUCCACGGUCAAUCUUUCAUGCUGCAUCAAAUCCGGAAAAUGAUCUCCAUGGCUACUCUAAUUACUCGGUGCGGUACUCCAGUGGAAAGAAUAUCCCAAGCGUACGGUCCACAAAAAAUAAAUAUCCCUAAAGCCCCAGCUCUCGGGCUUCUGCUGGAAUCUCCCGUAUACGAGGGGUACAACUCAAGAUUGGAGAAGUUUGGUUAUGACCCGAUCGACUUCAGCAAAUACCAAAAUGAAAUCGACGCUUUCAAGAUGAAGCAUAUCUACGAUAAGAUUUACAAGGAAGAAGUCGACGACAACGUGUUCAACGCGUUCUUUACAUACAUUGACAGCUUCAAUAAAGUGACAGGAGCCGUUGGUGAAGAGAACGAAACGAAGAAGGGGAAUAACGUCCAAAAAAGUAUAUUCGAGUUCCUGACUGCACAUGGGAUCCCCGGCAUCGAUUCUGAUGGUGUUAAAUCAGAAAAGGGCGAUCUUAAGGAAGCUACAAACACUGCAUCUCCAUCUACAGCAACAGGUGCAACCAGCCAGGAAAAUUCCGGUGAAGCGCCUGCUGAAGCAGCCGCCGUGGAUAACGCUACAGUUGAAGGAGCUUGA